AUGAUAACGACGGCUACUAAUGGUUAUAUCCUGAGUGUAGUAGAUGCGUUUUUGGCCGAUGGCAAAAAUCAUGAUGCAUCGAUCGCCAAAAAUAUUUUCAUGAAGAACGAACAAGAUGUGCUCAAUUGGCUGCGUGAUGACAAUGUUGUUAUCGUUGAUCGAGGUUUUAGAGAUGCUGUUAACACAAUAAAAAGGUUUGGUUUCAACGUGGAAAUGCCUGAUUUCCUUAAAGGAAAGAAACAACUAUCCUGUAAAGAAGCUAAUCGCUCUCGGUGUGUCACUAAACCUUCCAUAUUGGAUAAUGAUAAAUAUAAAUUUACCGUCGAAUUUUCUUUAAAAUACAAAGAUCUUGUUAGAGCUCGUUUUGCUUCCAGACACACAAAUAGCAAAGAAUAUUUAGCCACAGUGCAGUUCGACGAAGAAGAUGAUGAAGAACCAAUUUCCGGAUGGUAUUGUACUUGUUCAGCUGGCGCUCGAGUUAUUGGCUGCUGUACUCACAUAACAGCUCUCCUUUGGCAUCUAGGUGUCUGUCGUGCUCAGGUCAAUUCUCCUGAUCAUUCACUAUCUGCUAACAAUUAUCUUUCCAGUCUUGAAGAUUGCAUUCAAUAUUCCGGUAUUGACGAAAAUGAUGAUGAAGACGUUGGUUCUGGUGAAAGUGACAGCGACGAAAACUAG